CUGAAUAUCCUUAGUAAAAGAGGAGACAUUGCAUGUCUCUUUGCUCCAGGAUAAUGGUGUUUCUCUCGCUUAACUUCUAGGACUUCUCGGAACCUGCAUAGUCACUAUCAUGAGGCCCCCCUGACCCGGAAGCACUAUCAGGUCACUGGCUAUGGCAUAAAUGGGACAGGAGAUUCAAAUGAUUUCUGGCGGAUUGAGGUUGUAAACAGAAAAUUUGGAAACCGGAUCAAAGUGCUGAGAAGUCGCAUUCGCCUCAUCCAUCUGGUCACAGGUUGUGUCCUGGGCUCCUCGGGAAAGGUCUUGCCCAAGUGGGGCUGGGAACAGUUGGAAGUUACUUGCACCCCAUACCUAAAGGAAACCCUCAACUCUAUCUGGAAUGUGGAGGACCAUAUCAAUCCCAAAUUGCCAAACAUCAGCCUGGACGUGCUGCAGCCCACUUUUCCUGAGAUCUUGCUGGAGUCCCACAUGGUGAUGAUCCGGGGGAACAAUGGCCUCAAACCCAAGGACAAUGAGUUCACAUCCAAACCCUGGCACUGGCCUAUCAACUAUCAGCGAGCUCACAUAGAAUCGGCCUCCUGCCCAGGCUCCCUGUCUGUGGAAGGUAACUGGUCUUCCUCCCCGCCGGAGCACGUGUGGCUGGGAUGCACUGGGCCCUGGAUCAGCAGGGUGUCCUCUGCCCCGCAGGGCCUGCGCUUCUCAGGGAUCAAUGACACAGACUUCCGCGUGUAUCUGCUCGGCAACCCGGUGGUUUGGUGGCUGAAUCUGUUGAGCAUUGCCCUCUACCUCCUCUUGGGGAGCAUCAUGGCUGUAGCUGUGCAGAGAGGGGCACGCCUGCCUGCAGAGAUUGAAGGGCUGUCCCAGGUCCUGCUGCAAGGAGGCGGUCAGCUCCUGCUCGGCUGGAUGCUCCAUUACUUCCCAUUCUUCCUGAUGGGCCGGAUCCUCUAUUUCCACCACUACUUCCCAGCCAUGCUCUUCUCCAGCAUGUUGACAGGGAUUCUGUGGGAUACUCUCCUGCGGCUCUGUGCCUGGAGUCUGGCCUCCUCUUCCCUGGCCAGGGGCAUAUAUGCGGUGGGACUUCUGAGCCUGCUCCUGGGAACUGCCUACAGCUUCUACCUCUUCCACCCUCUGGCUUAUGGGAUGGUCGGUCCCCUAGCCCAGGACCCCCGAAGUCCCAUGGCAGGACUAAGGUGGCUUGAAUCAUGGGACUUUUGAGGCUACUGCUACUCCAGCCAGAAUCCAGGAACUUUCUGGGGACAGCCAGCUGUGCAGCCAGACCCUCCCAGCUGUGGGCAAAGCUGCCCGAGGAGCCUGAGGAAUUCUGCUGCCUGCCAGGACCAAGCUCUGGGAGCAUACCUGGAAUUUAGCCCAGCACUAGGGAGAGCUGCAGCGCUGUCUGCAGAG